GAAUGCUUUUGGCGGUCACCGAGAAUGCAACAAGCUUGGCGAUUUGUGGAAUACGGUCGUGUCUCUUUGCGUAACGUGAGUAUUCUAUGUAAUUUUGAACGUGUCCUGUCAAGCCCACAUCAGAGCCCUAGCGUGAAGUGUUAACCGACGUUCUGUUUUUCGGUACUAUUUUACUUCGAGACAGUUAGGGUGUGUAUCAAGAGCAUUUAUUCAUCACCAUUCACUCGCUUUUAAACGGUAGACAGGUUAUCGAGUGAGUCUGUGCAUAUGUGCGUGUGUGUAUCCAUCUGAAGUGUUUAGACAAUAGUAUCGCGUGUGAAUUGAAGUUAAUAAGUGAAAGCUAAAAUAGUGCUUAAAUCGAAGCUAAAAGAGCGUGACCAAGUAUUGGAAAGCAGGGGAUGAGGUGUGUCGUGCCGCAGUUAGCCUGGUGGCUCGACACUAGCCCACUGUUCAGUGUCGAUUUCCAGCCGGCCAACGAAGAUGGCUCUUUACGGAUGGCUACGUGCGGCACCGAUACACACGUUCGAGUGUGGUGGCUUAAACUUGAAGUCGAACGACAACCGACCGAAAGCAGUCCGAAGAAUAUCGAACCAUCUGCAAGCACCAACAGCGGCUUAACAGUGCUAGAUUCACCGAAAAAAGCCAAGGACAGAGAUAAGAUUGAUAUUGAACUUCGCGCUGAUCUGACCCGGCACCAGCGGACGGUUAGCGUCGUGCGGUUUUCACAUACAGGAGAAAUCCUCGCGUCAGGUGACGAUGAAGCCAACAUUAUCCUAUGGAAGCUACAAAGUUCAUUUGAUGGAGCUCCCCAGCUAUUUGAUGCAAGCGAAAACAAGGAAAACUGGCAGGUUUACAAGGUACUGCGUGGUCAUAUCGAGGACGUAUGCGACCUGCAAUGGUCUCCUCGAGAUUCCUGUCUGAUAUCGGGCUCCAUUGAUUCAGCAAGCAUCCUAUGGGACGUAUCAACAGGCCGCUCACUAGGGUUUUUCAAAGAGAGGAAAGGUUUCAUUCAGGGUGUAGCCUAUGAUCCGAGAGGGCGAUUUGUAGCAGCUCUUAGUUCUGAUCGGCAGAUGUACGUCUAUUCGACAGAUACACGAAAAAAGAUUUGGGUUGCCGCCAAAGCCGAAAUACCCCAGAAUGGCGAUAGAGAGGUCUUGUCGACGCGCCUCUUCCAUGAUGACACGUUAAAAUCAUUUUGCCGACGGCCAGAUUUUUCCCCUGAUGGUGAAUUCCUUGUAGCGCCAUCUGGCGUCAUAGAAAAUAACGGCCAAAUCACCAACUGUAUCUACGUAUUCCACAGGUCGAACUUUUCCAAACCGGUGGCUUUAAUUCCUACCGACAAACAGGUUACGACGGUUGUUCGUUUUUCAAAUAAGUUCUACAAGACGAGACACUCUAGUGGCAGUGCCGUAGUACUCCCUUAUCGUAUGGUAUUUGCUGCAGCAACGAUAAACAUGGUUCUGGUUUGCGAUACAGAGACCUUCACUCCUUUCGCUAUGAUCUCUGACGCACACUAUGCACGAAUCAGCGACUUGACAUGGUCGCCUGACAAUCACACGCUAAUGGCGUCCUCGACAGAUGGCUAUUGCUCGUUUAUGUUUUUUGAGGGCCAAGAACUUGGAGAGCAGUACCAAGGUGAUUUACCUCAUAUCCAUGUAGUUGAAGAUGUUCUAACAAGGCGGAAACGUACGAAAGCACCCAAGAAAAAGGACGAUUCAGGGGGAGAGAGGAAAGAGGCUAGCGAUGGGGAUCCGGAUCAAGAAGAGAUGAUGGACGUCGACGACGACAUGGACGAUGAUGUCGAUAAUGUCAACCUCGACGAUACGCAACAUAGUGGAGACGGAAACGAUUCGGAAGGAAAAGCGACGCCGAACGGAAGCCCCGCCAAGGAAAAGGAAAAUAAGGAUGUGUCUAUGACGCUAACGACAGCAAUAACUGGCAUAAAGAAAAAAGAGUUGGCAAAAGAGUCGCCCUCACAACAAAAAAAAUCUGCCACUCUGAAUACCCCACAACAAGUCGUGGCCGUUGAUGUCAAAGACGAGAAGCGAGUCACACUGACAACACUUGAUCCACCUCCUAAAGGCAAAUAGUAGCAAAAUCAUUGUUUAAAGGUCGACUUUUUCCAAGGCUUUUAGAGGGGUAAUUUUUUUUCUAACUUUUUCUAAGUGGCUUACCUACAGACUAAAGGGCAUGCAAAAAACAACGGUAAAUCUGCGAAGAUCAACGCGGUGGUUCUUCGAGGCUAUAUUCUCGACAAUCAUAAAGCUUAGCAUGGAACUAGUACGUUUUUUCAUAUGUAAUUUGAAGGGAACUAUGUAGCUUGAAAAACGUAAGUAAUGUAUAAUAAGCAUACCUGAAUGUACAAUAUUUCAUAAAAGUUGUUUGACUUAUUCAAAUUAGCAGGUCACAUCUACACAGGAAGAUGUGAUAAUUGACAAGAUUGGUUCACUGCCUUAGCUUCUAUUUGAUGAAGAUUCAGUUUGUGUGUGAAUACAUGUGUGAGAUAUAAAAAGUAGCCGAUAUAUGUGACGUUCUUUCUCUUUUGUUUGUUUUGUAUUGUAGAUGAACAAAAAUGAUGCCGUAGAGCAAUCUGUGUAUGAUGAAAACCAUGCUGGCAGCGCAACCACGUUAACAUGGGCAAAGCAAAUACUGAUAGUUGUUUAUGUAUAAUAAAAUUUAGACUAGCUGAUGCGUGUCUUAAAACAGCUGUGUGUCAAAAGAAACAUAUAUAUGCAAUGAGUGGGACUAAUAAAGGUUUGCUAAUAAGUUAUGUAAUGAAAAAUAUAUAGCGCAAAUCAAUUGAGCUGUAAUCACUAGGCUUGUAUUGGUUCAGCGCUUUAUAAGUAACACUACACUCACCUAGUUCGACUACAAGAAUAACAAAAAACUCUUAUCGUAUGGUGAAAUAAUAACGAAAUUGAUUAAGUUAU